AUGGAGGCGGAGGUCGAUAAGCUAGAACUGAUGUUCCAGAAAGCUGACUCUGAUCUGGAUUAUAUUCAGUACAGGCUGGAAUAUGAAAUCAAGUCUAAUCAUCAUGAUUCAGCAGGAGAGAAAAAUCCAGUAACGCUCAUAAAGGAAUUAUCAGCCAUAAAGUCUCGAUACCAAACUUUGUAUGCACGUUUUAAACCUGUUGCAAUUGAACAGAAAGAGAUUAAGAGCCACAUUUAUACUACUUUGAAUAAAAUUAUGACCAUGAUAGAAGAACUACGAAAGCAAACAGAUGUGGAGCCGUUACCACUGACUGAAGAAGAAAAAACUGGAACAGAACAGUUAAAAUCUCACAUGCCACACUUAGGAAGAAAUGGAAUUGCAAAAGAGAACUCUGUUGAAGAAGAGAUUAAUUCCAGAGAAAUAUAAAAAGAUGUCUUGUUAAUAGUUCUUGAGUAUAGGUGGGGAAGUCAAGGAGGAAGAGAAGGAGGAGGCUUGGUUUGAGUGACUAGGGAGUGAUGCCUUUCCUAAGAGAAGAAUUAAGAAGGGCAGAUAUUAGAUUAAUAAAAUUCAGCCAAAGAGUGGAGUGGAAAUGAAAGAAUAUAUAUAUUUUUUUCUUUUUUUGGUAAUUUUAAUUAAGGAAGUCCCUUAAUACUAAUUCUGUACCUGUU